AAAGAAACGAACAAGGGUAUGCAGUUUAAAAAUAGACCUGAAACCGUAGUCAUAUAAAGGAGUUCUUUAUUAACCACACUGAAAUAAUAACUAUCAGUAUUUGAAGUAUCGCCAAAAUUCCUUCAUAAACAACUACUUCAAUUUGCAGUCCCAUUUAACAAGUGUAUUUUGUCUAAGUUAAGUGAAUCCUAUUCACGUUAUCGUUCUACUACAGUUUCAGUAAUUUUCGUGGUAUCGUUACAGUACCAAGGACAAUCAACCUAGCUGUUAUUCUUAUUUUAGCCCGCCAAUUACAUGAUUUAGCUUCCAUUGUUUUGUUUCUAAACAGGUGAGCUAUGAUAAUGUUAUUGUCACAGAUAAAAUGGCAAUUAUUCAUUGUAUUAUAUUAUUACUUUUUAUUUACGGAAGGGCAUAGUUUAUUAUGUUACAAUGGCACUUUUUCAAACACAAAUUAUGGAAACGACCCUUUAAUGUUUAGAGACUUCUUUUGGUUAUCUCAUAGGACUGCAGCAAGAACUCGGUGUGCGUUGACAAUACUAUGCGCAGACUGGACGAGCUGUGGUGGAAGUUUCGCCCCGAUCAAUCUAGCAUUUAAUGGCAGUCGACUUAUGUUAACGAAUUGCUCUGGAGAAAACGCCAUGUGUUUCACACGGUCGUGGUCAUCUCGAGCACAUUACGCGUGGAUGGUACAGCGUGGUUGCUAUCAGACUAUUGAAGAAGAUCCUAUUCUUGAAACUGUAACAAUUCCAACCAGAGCUAUGACAUGUAAACACGAAAGAUUGGCUGACGCUGAAUAUAAAGUUUGUAUCUGUCAGGCUGAUUGGUGUAAUGGAAGUACCAAAGUCCUACAUCAAGUGCAAUGUCUUGCUUUGAAUAUGUUUUUUUUAAGUACAUAUUCUGUUCUUCUACAAUAUAUGUUGUAUAUAUAAGGCUACGGGCUUCGGCAGAUUUCGGUUCAACGAAUACAAGCUUGUUAAAAUACCAAACCACGUCGGAAAACGCUGAAGCCGCUUCUCAAUAAUUUAAAAUUGUAACCAUCAUACAUAAGUAAGUAGGUGCCACCUAUUAUGCCUACUAUUGGCGUUAGCACACGCGGAUGCAUCAUACUGCAUCAUAUAUAAUACGUAGAUAGUGUAUGAUGAUGACUACAACUAAAACACGUUGACUAAUUAUGCCUUAAUUCGCUUAUUUCCGAAGUUUGCAAUAUAUAAACAUUAACAGGAUACAAUG